AUGGUCUUCGCGGCCGCCAGCGUCAAGCAGCGCAGAAAGCAACACAUACGUGUACGGUUAAGGUAAAAGUCAGUUUUCUGGUUGCUUUCUUCUAGAGGUUCCCUACAGUAGAUCCAUCGAAUAUUAGCUGUAUCACUGUUUCAAAUAAAUCGACAACAUGCUUCGGUGUUGGUGGCUAUUAAUUCUUGUAUCAUGUGCAAAUGCGCAGUUUAAAUGCACCCAAGGUACAGGCUUCUUCCCAGACCCUGAUCAAUGCGACUUGUACUAUGUAUGUUCAAAAGGUGUCGCGGAGGAGCGACUAUGUCCAGAUGGGUUAGUUUUUAGUGAUAAGGAUCCAAAUCAGGAAAGAUGUGAAGUACCGGCUAACGUGGACUGCAGAGACAGACCUGCAUUACAGGAGGCCAAACCUAGCAAUGGAUGUCCAAGAGCUAACGGAUACUAUUCCCAUCCAGAUCCAAAUAUAUGUGAUAAAUUCUACAAUUGCGUGGAUGGUGUACCACAAACACAAGCAUGCCCUCCAGGACUUUAUUACGAUGAAAACUCAAGCACUUGCGUCUGGCCUAAAGACUCGUCACGACCAGAGUGCUUCAAGAAGAAGAAAGAAUCCUUGGACGGUUUCCAAUGUCCUGAAGGUGAUACAGCCCUUGCAGAUGGCAGAAAACUAUCUCAUCCUACCUUCCCACAUCCUGAUGACUGCCAGAAGUUCUACAUUUGUAGGAAUGGCGUAGCGCCCACAUUGGGAUCAUGCUCUCCAGGAACAGUGUACAACGAAGUAACUUUCUCCUGCGAUGAUCCUGCUAAUGUGUCUGGAUGUGAAAAUUUCUUCAAGAAGAAUAAGUAAGCCACCAGUAACUUCCCAAAGUUGAUCGGGGGACCAGUAUUUAUUUAAUUAUUGUUUGAAAAUGGGAGCUGUGCCAUCAGAAGCUGCUAUAGAUUGUGAGGCUGAUUCAAUAAAACAUUUUUAAAGAA